UCCAAUUUGAGGUCAUGAACAUAUAUUGUAUGUCUUCUUUCUUGUCAAGUUCUUAACAUUGUGCAAAUCUCAAAAUCAUUAUCAUCUGGAUGGCAAGUAGAAGAGCAAGAUGCAUGCAGUGUGGAAGGCCUGUGGUGGUGCCAAUGCAAGCCUAUAAUGUUUACAUUCUGUGUUCUGGCUGCCAAGGCUAUCCACAAGUCCAACCCAACUACCCUUUACUCAACAGCACUCCUUCCUUCAUCAAUUUUGCUCCUGGAUUUUCGAGGCCUUACCCGCCGCCGCCUUCUCCUGCUUCUGCAUAUGGUAACAAGAGAGCUGUGUUGUUUGGUAUUAGCUAUGCUAAGCAAGAUAACAGGAUCAAAGGCGCUGUCAAUGAUGCUCACUGCAUGAAGUACUUUCUCAUUGACAAGUUGGGUUUCCCUACUGAUUCCAUUCGCAUGCUCACAGAUGAUCCAGAAGAGAGAAACCCUCUAAGAAUUCCAACAAUGCACAACAUGAGAAUGGCGAUGAGGUGGUUGGUGGAAGGUUGCCGGGCAGGGGACUCAUUGGUGUUCUACUACUCCGGUCACGGAUCGAGGGUAGUCGACCGUAACAUGGAUGAGGUUGAUGGGUAUGAUGAAGCAAUCUGCCCUGUUGAUUAUGAGCAUGAGGGCAAGAUAAUUGAUGAUGAGAUCAAUGCAACAAUCGUCCGCCCUCUGCCACGUGGCGCCAAGCUCCACGCCCUUGUUGAUACAUGCUUUAGCGGCACUGUUCUUGAUUUACCUUUCAUGUGCAGGAUGAACCGAAAAGGUUAUUAUGGAUGGGAAGAUCACAGAAGCCGCAGAGGUGCAUACAAAGGCACAAAUGGAGGAGUAGCUGUUUGCAUUUCUGCUUGUGAUGAUGAUGGAAGUGCGGCAGAUACAUCGGCAUUUAGCGGCAUGGAAAGUAGUGGAGCGUUGACGUACAGUUUCAUUCAAGCCAUGCAAGAUGAAGCUAAACUGACUUAUGGCCGCUUGCUGAAUGCUAUGCGCUCCACCAUCCGCGACGCUAAGGAAGGACAGUUUGGUCCUAACUACCAAGAUUAUGCCGCCAUGGAAUCUCGCCUGCAAUAUGCUCAUGAGCCACAGAUAUCUUCAUCUGAAAAGUUUGAUAUUUAUUCAAAGCCUAUUUUAAUGUGAAGGUGGCUGCCUUGUUACUUGUUACUUAUGCCUUCAAACAGAAACAGGGCAACUAUAUACUAUAACCGUAAUAAGCGUUGCCUCACUCCACGUGUAUACUCAUUAAUAAGGAUAUUGUACUCUUCAACUAUGUGCUUCUCCAAUCCUCAAUAACUUGCUAAUCCAAUUCCUUGCUAGCAUAGGAACAAA